GUUAUUUUAGACUGAUUCUUUAAUUAAGACUCAUAGACACUAAUGGUUAACUGGUAAUUGGUAUACAGUCUCGUCUACUAGUAGUCUAUACUAAACAGAUAACGCUUUGGAUUAAAGGUCUCGUUACCAGGCCGUAAAAUAAAUAAAAAAAAACAGAAAACACAUGGUUUUGACGUAGACAUGCCAAUAAUGAAAACAUUGGUAUAUACUUUAUUAUUAGUUGUUUUGCUUCUUAAUAGAUGCUUCGGUAUUCGGAUAUCCUUUAACAGGGAUGUAAAAUAAAAUACAAUUGCAUUCAAUAAUACGUGUUGACAAUCUAAAUAUUUCAUUUUAAAAUGGAAAAUAUAGAAGCACUAAAUAAAGAACUAGUUUGUGUUCUAUUUCCUGGUAAUGUAAAGAAUGAAGAAAAAGCGAUACAAUAUUUAGGUGGAUUAAAAACAAUAUCUCAGGUUUGCUCACCAUCAUCAAAAAAACAUCUUUCACUAAGUUUUCAGCCUGAUAAUCCAUAUGUGAAUAAAAUAAAUGGUGAUGUAAAAGCAGUGGCUGGGGUAUUGCUUAAAGUUAAAGUUAAAAAGACAAAGGAAGAUGGAAAAUUAAAAAGAGAAGUAAUAAAUACUUCAGUUGUUGGCCACGUAAAGAAGAUUCAUAAGUUUGAAUCUGUGUGUGAUUUUCAAUAUUUACCCGUCACAAAUGGUCCUAAUUCAGAAUGCUUGUUGGAAAAAUUAAUACCUGGAGGAUUGGAUGAGCCAAAAUUUUUGGAUGAACCAGCGCCAUUUCACAUAGUACCCAGUAGUUUUACAAGAUUUGACAAACCAAUUAAUUACUCCUAUACUGAUAAAAAAAUAAAUGUGACUGAGGAUGAACUUUUGAAUGCAGACCCCGAUGAAGUUCAUAAAAUGAGGUCUGACAGGGGAAUACCAGUCCGUAGGUUUUCGUUCAAUUUGGUUGAUGAAAUUCCAACUGAACCUCACGAAUACUUUAUAACGAUUAAAAAUAGUAAAGCGUCUACGAACCCACAGAUAAACGAAGAAUAUGAGAUUGUUCAAAAGAUGUUCGAUGAAAGGCCAGUGUGGUCAUUUAAUCACAUAAAACAUCACACGAGACUUAGGACUGUGAAUUUAAAAGUAAUAUUGCCAUGUAUCGCAUUCCAUAACCUGAAUGGACCGUGGAAAUUGUUGUGGGUGAAAUUUGGCUACGAUCCACGUAAAGAACCCUACGCAAGGUACUACCAAAUGCUGGAUUUCAGGCUCAGAAAUGCAGGAAUUUACUCCUGCGUGUCGCAAGACCUGGAAAAAGUUAAAAGAGACCGUAUGAAGAAAAUGCCGCUUGAAGAGCCUUCAGAAGAAAUAAUUCCUGAAGGAGCAUUGUACCUAACACCAAAUAGUUUGCCAACGCAACGCCAAAUAUUUUAUAUGUACUGUGAUAUACAUCUACCGGAAGUGCAAGAAAUUCUAGCAGUCGAGCCUCCGAGUGGCUAUCAGUGCCAUCCCAAGAGGGGAUGGUUAGCCGCGAACACAGCGCAUACAUGCAGAGAUAUAAUCUUCAAGUACCUUAAGAAGAAUCUCAUGGGUAACAAACAUGCAGAUCUUAAGUUUGAGCAAGCAAGUAGUGAUGAUUCGGAGAGCGAUGAAGCACCUAGUGCUGCUGAUACUACAGCAGAAGAUUCUAUGAUAACAAAUUGAAUAAAUUAAAAUAAAUUCUGUAUUUUCCGUACUUUUA